AUGAAUGGAAGCGGAACUGCGAUGCUGCUCCGGCCAUCGGCGGCCGAUUCGACGAAUUCUGUUCUAGACAAGGAGAGGAUGGAGCAAAUCGGGUCAAAUGCUAUCCCUUCGUCUUCCCAUUCCCCGGCUCCUCUUCCAGCUGUAGAGUACGAGGUUUUCCUGAGCUUUAGAGGUCCUGACGUCCGCAAGACGCUGGCUGAUUUCCUUCAUAAAUUCCUGAAUAAUAAAAAGAUACGGACCUUUCUUGACAAUGAAGCGCUUCGCAAGGGUGAAGAGAUUGACGGUUCUCUUGCCAAGGCAAUUGAGGAGUCCCGAAUAUACAUCCCGAUCUUUUCCCCGGGAUAUGCGUCUAGCAAAUGGUGCCUCAAAGAGCUAGCUCUGAUGGUGGACCAUUGCAAGAAAGAUGAAGUUCGUCACACCAUCCUGCCCAUUUUCUAUCUCAUGGAGCCUAGAGAUGUGCGCCAUUGCACGGGUUCCUACAAGACAGGAAUAAAACGACUGAGACAGACUAAGAAAUAUGAUGAAGAAACCAUUAAGGCCUGGAAGAAGGCUCUCAAUGAGGUUGGGCAAAUCAAAGGAUGGAGCGUGAAAGAGUCAGAUGGGCAGGGAGCAGUGGCAGAAGAAGUUUACUCUAGGGUGUGGCCACUGGUACACGAGAAGUUCAAGUUAGUGACGCAUGAGCUGAUUGGAAUCGAUUCUCACGUAAACCGAGUGUCGGAAUUGCUGAACUUGGGAAGCGGCAUCAAUAUAGUAGGCAUUCAUGGUAUUGGUGGUAUCGGCAAAACCACUAUCGCCAAGGCCGUCCAUGACAAGCUCGGUACAGAAUUCGAAAGUCGUUGUUUCGUGGAAAAUGUACGAGACAUACAAUCAUCGGAGACGGAGAGUGAAGCCAUUAACACCCUGCAGAGUAAGAUUAUUCUUAGCAUUCUAGGAGAAGAUCACAAGCUUAGAAGUGGCGAAGGAAUGGCCAUUAUAAAAGACAGAGUACGCUCCAAAAAGAUUCUCAUUAUUCUUGAUGAUGUGGAUAAAGAGUUCGAGUUUGAGAAAAUCUUAGGCAAAGUAAGCGAAUUUUCUUCUGAAAGUAGAUUUAUCAUCACAACAAGAUAUACAAGGGUGUUCGAGUUGCUUGGAGUAUCUAGGUUAUAUGAGCUUAAGAGGAUGAGUGAUGACCAUUCCCUUCAACUUUUUCAAAGCUAUGCUUUUCAGAAAGAUGAACCCCUAGAGGACAGAGAAACUUUGUGUAAGCAGUUUGUAGAAGCUGCUGCGGGGCAUCCUUUGACUCUUCAAGUUAUAGGGUCGCUUUUGUUUCGUACAAGUUUAGAAUUUUGGAAAGGGAAUUUGGAAAAACUAAAGGAUAUGCCUCACCCCGAUGUGCAAAAGAGAUUGAAAAUAAGCUAUGAUAUGUUGGAACUUGAAGAAAAAGAAAUCUUUCUCGACAUUGCUUGUGCUUUUAUAGGAAGCAACAAAGAAUAUCCUUCUUAUAUGUGGGAGGAUUGUAAACUUUAUCCUGGAAGUGGAAUUCAGACUCUUAUUUGGAGGUCCUUGAUUAAGUUGGAUGAGAAUAAUGGAUUUUGGAUGCAUGAUCAUUUGAGAGACAUGGGGAGAAGGAUUGCUCGCGAAGGAGAAGGUCAACAUUGUAGGAAGCACACAAGAAUAUGGUCUCGCAAGGAUGCGAUGGAUAUGUUACACAAUGGAGAGGGAGCUGACCAUGUGCAAGUUCUUCUAGUCAGCAUGGAAUAUAAGGAUUUUGAGCUCACAGAGAAUGCAUUUCAAAAAUUUACAAAGUUAAGGUAUCUCGUAGUGUACAAUGGGAAGGUGCCCGGAGAUUUUAAGAAGAUUCUUCCAAAUCUACGUUGGCUAGAACUUUACAGAUGCAGUUCAGUUCCUAUCGGUUUCAAUGCCGAGAAUUUGGUGAUUCUGAUGCUAAGAGAGAGCAAUGUGAUUGGUGACGGGGGAUUGGGAAGCUGGGGCGGAAAUAAGGUUAUUAAUUUUCCUAUAAGAAUUCAGCUUCCAACUCAUUUAAGUGGGUGUAAUCACUCUAGUAGUGCGAUGGGGCUUGACGAAUUAUUGGAGUCUUUGCAAGGUCCUCCGAUUAUGGAGCCGCUUGAUCUAUCUGCUUUGAAGCACUUGCGGGAGUUGACAAUGGACGGACGCCAUUAUAUGUUUACUAAGGUGAUGGGGCUUGACAAAUUGGAGUCACUGGAAAAAUGCGAGAUUGGUCAUUGCACUUUCUCGGAGAAGCUGCUUGAUCUGUCUGCUUUAAAGCACUUGAAGAUUUUGAAGAUUUAUGGAUGUUUUGGGUUGACCGAGUUGAUGGGGCUGGGCGAAUUGGAAUCAUUGGGAGUAUUGUCGAUUUAUGAUAGCUGGUCGAUCAAGAAGCUAUCUGAUCUAUCUGCCUUGGAGCUCUUGCGCGAGUUGACAAUUGCAUGCCUUGAGUUGACUGAGAUUACGGGGCUUGAGAGAUUGCAGUCCUUAGGUACUUGUAAAUCUUUGUAUCUCGGGUUGGCGAGAGCGGAGAUACUUAAGAUCAAUUGA